AGGACAACAUUUAUCUAUGACUUUCUCAAAUUCAAAUUUCAAACGGCUGUGGACAGAUUAGGCGCCUUAAUUCAAACUCUAACGUUCGCAUCGUUGACUCGCCGUCCAAUCAGCGCACUGCAUUUGGCUCCCAGGUCACCGGCCGGUCACAGACGCGUCCAGACAAGCCCCUCUCUCAGUCGCUGGACUACAGCUCAACACAUUCUCCCGUGUCUGGAUUUUGCACAUUGCGUUUUUACAGCCCGUUUUCUGUACAAGGGUGAUGCCUCAGCUUCAUGUGGACCAGAACGCACCACUGAAAGCUACAAGUCUGCAGUUGAUCAGUUACAGACUGAAGAUGUGUCAGACGUUCAUGGAAUAAAGUUCAGAUAUGGCCGAAUCACAGACACAGGACAUUAGCCGUGCCAUUGCUGCAGUGUUUCCAGAUCUACCUGAAGCAGUUCUCACUUCAGUAGAAGAUACUCUUAACGCACUUGGUACAGAGACCAUAGAUGAUCUGCAGUACAUUACAGAAGGAGACUUGCUGCCAGUGUUAAAGCCGAUCCAAGCCAGAAGACUUGUUGCUGCAUGGACAAAGAACAAGUCAACCAUUCAAACAUCAACCUCAGCCUGUUCCUCUCCAGUGUCUGUCUGUUCUUCUCCACUCAGUUCUCCCUCACCAGCGUCAUCUUCAGCCACUUCACCAUUCUUGGCACGCAGUUCCACUUCUGUGCCAAACUGGGCAGACAAUUUCCAGAUUCCAUGGCAGAUGUUCCCUGAAGAGUUAGUGCAGAUUUUGGAAAGGCAGAAAAGACCAAAUCCGCGACUACGGCGAGAGAUGGUGAGGAUUGUAGUUUCUGAAAUGAUGAAGAUGUGUAAUAAUCCAACCAAACGCAACACUACAGAGAUAGGCAAAAAAAUGGUGGCCAAGUAUCCAAAAUCUCUUCAAGAUGUCAUCGAGGGUGACAUAGUUGGACCUGGAUAUCAUUCACUCGUCAAGCAACUCCAAGCGCGAGUUGAAAAUGUUAAACGAUCCAACACACCAAAGAUAACCAAGCGCAAGGCAGCAUCAGAUGACAAUGACACGGAGGAGAUUCCAGCUGAAGAAAAGGCAAGUGUUCAAGACACGUAUGGCUGUGUCAACUGGGAGCCUAAAUAUUUGCCCCUAUCUGAAACGGUUGAGAGUCAGAUAGAAAAAAAAGAAAAGAUGAAGAAGAUGUUUGAAGAGACGACAUUUUACAAUAAAGAGGAUGUGGAAAAAUUAGUACAGUCUACCUAUAACACUCAGCGUAAAGACAUAAACAAGGGGACAAGCAUCCAGAAACUCAAACAAGAGUGGCCCUUCCUAUUUCAAGAAGCUGGUUUGGCAGCACACUUUCAAGAACUUACUGGUGUGAGUCUAAUAGAGUCCUUCCUCGCUAAUGUUGACAGAAAGGGUGGACGCCUCUUAAACUUCCUCAAAAGUGUUGAUGCACGAAAACACAAACAAGUCCUGGAUGUGCUUAUCAAGUUUCAGACUGAGAAAGGCCAGUUGGAUGGUUGCUCCGAAGGCAUUAUACAGAUGGUACUUCUUUUACUGGCUCAUUUUGGUGAGAAGGAGGAGGACCUGUUCCACUGUGUUGAGGAGACAUGCCUGGCUGAAGAGGUGGGGAUGGAGAAGUUGCCACCAACACCCUGCAUUAUUGUGUGUGGGUCCUCCUGCUUUGCUGCUGGGACAUUCAUGUUGAGCAUCGACCAGCGGAUUAUCAACGACCACAUUACUUCCUUCAUGACUGCCUUCUGCCUGAUGUUUGGCAGUUACUACUGCUUCAACAUACACUACCCAGUGGAACUACGGUCAACACUGGAGUUCCUCCAAAGGUGCUUCUUCUCAAUAAAUCCUGAGAGAGGAACCAAAGUCGAGUGGAAGAAGAAUAAGAAAGUACUCUCGGUCAAUCCCAGGGUCCUCACCUUGAUUGCAGACCUUGCAGACCAUGAGUGGACAUAGACAUUACCUACUAACCUAGGCCUUUAGGGAUGUUUUUUCUAUGAGAAUGUGUUAAGGUAUACUGUAUGAUCGAUACACUGCAGAUAUUUGGUUGUUAAAAGAGUACCAAAGAGUUAAUUGAAAGCCAAUAACCUAUAUUUUGUAACGGUAAAUGUUCAGUUUUACUAAGUGAGUUUUUUGCACGUUUUGCGCUGCAAACAAGUUGAGGUGAACUCGAAAGUUCCAGAAAAGUUGUUAAAAGAGUACCAAAGAGUUAAUUGAAAGCCAAUGUACCUAUAUUUUGUAACUGUAAAUGUUCAGUUUUAAUAAGUGAGUUUUUUGCACCUAUUUGUGCUGCAAAUAAGUCGAGGUGAACUUGAAAGUUUCAGAAAAGUUGUUAAAAGUGUACCAAAGAGUUAAAUGUAAGCCAACACUGCACAAAAAACAGAUCUUACCAAGUGUUUUGUCUAAUUUCAAGUAACAAUAUCUCAUUACAUUUAAUAUAUUACAGUCGCCUAAGUAGUGAUCUUAUAUCUGGUAUACAACAACUUAUUUUAAUAUGCUUAACAAGCAAAUUUGCACUUGUUCCAUUGGCAAAAACAAAAAAAAUGCUUGUAAGACUUUAUUUUUAAUUGCCUAUGAAAUAAGUCAGAUUUGCUUAAUUGGAGACAGAGUACAAGAUCCAUAAGAUGAACUCUGAGAUUUACAGUGAACAAGUUAAGUAUCUUCAAAUAAGUUAUAUACCUGAUAUAAGAUCAUUGUCAUGUGAUUAUGUCUUAUAUUAAGUGUAAUGAUAUGUUUUGACUAGAAAUUAGAAAAAUAUACUUGGCAAGAUCUGUCUUUUUAUGCAGUGAAUGUACACCAUUCCUCUGAAAUGUGUCAUGUGUAGUAUCCAUGUGCAGCUUUACUUAGUGAGUUUUUUUUGAUGUUAUGAAACUUGAAAGUUACAGGAAUUUCUUUCUAUUAAGAUAAUACUCUCCUACUGUAAGCAAGGCAGUAAAUGUAAGGUUCCAAGCCUUUGCUGUUUAAGGCAUCAUAGAAAUAAAUAAGAAUCAAUAAACUUUUCUUUAUUUCAAAA